GUCCGCGAACGAAUUGCGUGCACACGCGCGUCGCUCUCAGCCCCAACGCGGCCGCCGCGUUGCUCGCCCAUACUCGCUGUACCGAUGAAACAUGUGGACGCGCGCGUCGGCUGGAAUGCGUCGCUACUCGGCUAAUUCGAUGGCGAGUACCCGUCGCUGGGCGUCCACGACCCUCGCAGUGCUCGAGUGAACUGUUUGCUCGCAUGACACACGAGUAGCGGGACAGUCUGCCAAGAAGUGCGCGCGUGCCAGUAGUUGUCGGUCUGUCCGUUGCGCCAGCGUGAGGGAGAUGCCUAGUCGGGCCUAGGUCGGGACGGAUUUGCAGCCAUGCAUCGGCGUCGCCUCGACCACAAUCGCAAUCUCAUCCGAGGGCUCGGUGAGAAGCCCAUGCCGGAGCCGGCGCUGCCCACGUGUAGCGCGCCGCGGCCCGCGCGGACCGGCACCAAACUGACAGCCAGCUUCAUGGCUAUCUUCACUGGCACGUGGCUCGUCUCGAUAAUAGCCGCCGCCGGCAACGUCGCUGCCGUGGCAGCCUUCACCACUGCUGCUACAGUGUUGGAGCCCGAGUUCGUGAAAGAGAUCGGUAACAUAACGGUGGCUGCAGGCAGAAACGUCCGACUGGCAUGCGCAGUAAAGAAUUUGGGGACGUACAAAGUAGCGUGGAUGCUGUUUGAUCAGAGUGCCAUUUUGACGGUUCAAAAUCACGUGAUCACGAGGAAUCACCGAAUAUCCGUGUCGCACGACAAACAUCACACUUGGUACCUACAUAUCACUGAUGUCCAGGAGGAGGACAAAGGCCGAUACAUGUGCCAGAUCAACACUGCUACUGCCAAAACGCAAUACGGCUACCUGGACGUCGUCGUGCCACCUAACAUUGACGAUGCGCAAAGCUCGUCGGACACAAUAGUGCGGGAGGGUGCUAAUGUGACGCUCACGUGCAAAGCAACUGGUAGUCCACCGCCAAACAUACGUUGGAAAAGGGACGAUAACAAAAAGAUUACCAUCAACAAAACGCUGUCCGUAACCGAGUGGAAAGGCAGCACGCUGGAAAUGACACGGAUCUCAAGGCUUGAUAUGGGCAACUAUCUGUGCAUCGCCAACAACAGCGUGCCUCCCAUGGUCAGUAAGCAGAUCAAGGUGUCCGUUGACUUCCCCCCGAUGCUGAUGAUCCCGCAUCAACUGGUCGGCGUGCCUCUUGGCUACUCGGUCACCCUCGAGUGCCACACCGAGGCUCACCCGACCUCCCUCAAUUACUGGACCAGAGACGACGGCGUCAUGAUUCACGAGAGCAAGAAGUACAAGGUGCUCUCCACGCCGGACAAGCCAUCCUACAAAACCAAUAUGACUCUGACCAUUUUCAACAUCGAGAAAUCCGACUACGGCAGUUACAAGUGUGUCGCGAAAAACCCGAGGGGCGAGACCGAGGGCACGAUACGUCUCUAUGAGUCCACGCCGCCCAGCACCAGCCCCAGCCCCGUCACCACCGAGAUGCCCAGUGAAGAGUGGGAAACUUCAUCGGAGCUGAAUAACUCAGUGUACGGCAACCCAAGUUCGCUGACCAUACACAACGACAAGAAAAAAGGCUCUAAGAUGCAAUCAAACUUGAACGAGAUUGGAAAAUCCGAGCAGAAGGCGAACGACCUGAACAAGAAACGUAACACGGACUGGCCUGCCAACAAUGGCCCGAGGAUUGCGGCGGCGGCGACGUGGACGUGUUCGAAGCUGCUAGGCCUGCUGCUGAUCGUGGGCUGGAUCCUCCGAUAAGCCGUGUGGCGCUGCUUGCGCGGCCGCUGGUGAAGCCGCGCCGAACGCGAUAAUGCGCGGCGGCGGCGGCGGCGGCGACGACGACGCUGGCCACACCACCGAUUAUCGCCCCGCACAGCCCUUCCACCCACUACAAGAUUACAUUACGGCACACACGCGCGCAAGCCAAACUGCCCAACGAGCUAGUUGCGGCGAUGCUGCGUCCUCGUGUAACGUUACACCGAGCGCAGCUGACCAACGAACCCAAUAAAAUGCAGCAUGCAGCCUUUCAUCGAGUGCCAGUCAGUGCGCCCAACACGCGAGCCAACACCCUGUCGCUUUCGAUGUAACAUUUUAAGCGUUUAUGCACCGGCCGACGAGCGACACCGCGCGCUACGUAUUUUAUGUUUGGCUUUCGCGACCUUCGCGCAUCGUGCUGCUCGUGCUAAUUGUUUCAAGCUUGACACCUCCUCCAGACACUUUUUUCUCACCACGCGCGUUCGUCAUUUCAAAUUGUUUGCCAGCUUCGCGCCGAAAUGCCUCCUUGUUUUUAGCAUUCAAGAGCGCGUGGUCAAACGAACGAACAUUCGCAAGUCAUUGCUGUCAGGGUUUAUCACAGCGCAUAUGCAUUUCGGGCGAUGUCAACGUAAUCAUACAAUUUUGCACGGCGUUGUUUGGAAAGCCUUCCAAAAAUAUUGCACGCUGCGGAUCCAAAGUGAGAAAUGGACGGACGCGUCGACUAAAAGUGGAACGAGAUUCGUUUUUAUUGGAAUUCGAAACGAUGUGUAUUGUCCAACGCAAAAUGAUUGGAUUGUCGAAUCGUAGGGUUAGUUUUCGGCGAACAAUCAAUUACUUGAGUAGCAGCAGCGACCGAAAAUCCAUUGCAGUUUGGUCGUACAAAUAGUGCGAGUCGAUCGUUGAAAAUACCUAGUGUAUUUGUAACGCGUGCAAGUUGGAGGGUCCGUCGGAAAGACAGAAUAGGGAAAGAAAAGAGCGUGGGAAUGUUCGCUGGCCCUGCGAUGGUUGUAAAGCACGUUGAAUUUACGCGGGCCGGCCCUAGCGAGGCAUCGUCGAAUCCCAUCUGGAUACUUGAGAUUGAAACGUCAGAUUGGCGCACGCGGCAGGCACGGGGGCUCGGCUCGGAGACACUCCGCUUCGAAGAAUCCUCGAAUAUUAAAAAGUCGAAUAUUAUAAUUUGCGAAGGUCUUGGUAGGGCACUGUAGACGCCAAGAAAAACGAGCAGAGGAGCCGAAGCGAGAUGCGGGGAAGUGGAGGCGGGGGCAGGCUGGGCGCAGCAGCCGUUGCGAGCGUAACCUUUUUGCUCGCUCCUUUUCUGUUUUUCUGUUUUUCUUUUUUUCUUUCCUUUUUCUUGCCCGCGGGACGGAGAGGAGGGCGUUCACAGCGCGAUUGCAUAAUAAUAUCGUCAAAGGGAAAAAGGAGACCGAGGAGACCUCGAUCGAGGCGGCCCUUGGCGAGGAGCUGCGGCAAAAUGAUUUCGCGUCUCGAUAAGUUUGGAGUGAUCAGAUGGUGCGAUUUCUGGUCCCAGGGCGCAGCUCGUGCCCAAUCCUAAUGAGAAUUUUUCAUGCCGACUGGCGCUAAACAGAUUGCAAUCCGCCUUUAUCGGGCCGCGUAAGCACUGCGCCGGGCGCUUCGAUUUCGAUCUGACUGUGUACGCAUCCGCGGCUUAUGAGACAUACAUUUUAAUGAGAGCACGGAGAGGCGGAGGCCGAGCCGCAGCAAUUUGUGAUGCCGGCGCCGCGCGGCCCGCCUCGGCUCGGCUCGGCUCGGCUCCGUUCCGCUCUUUUUUCCUCUCUCCUUUUUUGCGCUCCAAAUUGCCCCGGAACUCAUGCAAAUCGGCCAGCGUAUUACAAUGUAAAGCGUGUCAGCCUGGCGGAGGCAAGGGCAAAAAUUAAAUUGGCCAAAGUUGCGGCCGCGGUGCGCCGCGGUGCGCCGCAGCGCGUCGCGGCGCGCCAAAGUGCGUCAAACGAAUUUAGCUUUUUAUGCGGAAAUUAUGCACUCCGGCGUCGCCACGUCAGCGGUCUCGGCGCUUGCUCGCGCACCCACGCGCCCACGCGCCCGUGCACCCGUGCACCCGUGCGACAGGCAAGAGAGAGAGAGAGAGAAAGAGAGAGAGAGAGAGAGCGGGCGCAACAGGUUUGGCGUUCAGCGCGCAGCUAGCGAAGAGGUUGGGGGCUUUACCAUGGAUUAAGGACGGAAGAAAGGACUCUUGAGGCUUACACAGAUUUACCGACCAGAUCUGGCAGGUAAUCGUGUCGCUAAAGCAAGCCGUUCGCGAAUACCCACUUUCUUGCGAGCAAACCUCAUUGCCUCGUGCCCCUUUUCCUUUUCAAAAUCUUGCCUCGAUUCAUGCAUUCUUCUUCACUCUCAAAUUUCGCAUCUGACUGUCGCUUAUCCAUUGUUGCUAUAAGUCUUGGAAAUUCGAUACGAAAAGUCCGACUCGUUAACGUCAACACAAUCAUCAAAACCCUAGCGAUGCUUAGGUAUUCCGUCUGAUUCAAUCCGCUCAAUGAUUCUCGAUGGUGAUUCUUUAACAAUUGUCGUUGGGUGUAUUCGAUGUAAAUAAUAUUCCUUUUGGUGCACGAAUCAGCAAAAUUAUAAACUUAUCAAGAAAUACGUUGUGUACGCGUUUACAACAAGUAAAUUUUAUAUCGUAUUGGUGUCGCGGGAGUGGAUUGUCUACGCAAAUCGUCGUAUUUUCAACAAUUUUUCUCUAGAAAUGCAGUUGUUUUACAAUAAAAAAUAAUUAGUACCUCCAUACUUUUGUUCAGUGCUUAUGAAAUAGAUAUUAGUGAUCUAUGAUAAUAUUGUGAUUCUGUACACGAAAUUCAAAUAGGUUCUAUGUUUCAUUUCAUCCGUAUUAAUAUACUCAACGUAUUAUGCGUAAAUUUUGUAAUGAAAUCGUUGUUUGUUGUUACAAAAAUUACAAAAACAAGUUAUGAAAAUGUUUGGUGAAUGCGAUGCGAAAGAGCAAUGUUGCCAGGGACGCGAAGUGUGUUGUAAAUAGAAAAGUAAAUAAACCAAAUAUACAUAUAGGUAAGCGAUACAGCUAUAGUUUUACCAUGACACAAUUAAGUAAGUCAAGUAAGAGGGUUGAGAAACUAGAAAAGCUUAACGAUGAAGCCUCUUACAACGUUAUUUUCAACGUAGUUCUUAAGAGAGAGCGAAUUAAUUUAAAAAAAAGUUUGUGAACGCGUCAUUAUGGGCAAAACAACUCGACAAAACGAAUUAUUGCGAGGGUAUACAUGUAUACAUAUACAUAUAUAUAUAAAUAAAACAAAAUAUAAAUAUAUAAAUAUACUUAGAAAGGCCAACAGGGAGAAAAAUUAAUAUUAAAUAACGAAUAUCACCAUGUUACACGUUAUACACAAUGUAUUAUUAAACACUGUAUAUCUAUGCUUUGAAAUGUUGAGUUGUAUGUUGUUACCCAAAUCCGAAUGUGAGAGACUGUCGAGAGAUUCCCGUGUGAUUAAUUGACAUCGGACAUGUAAUAAAAAUA